GCCUCGUAAUCACAUGAUAACCUCUUUGUGAAAAUCAACAUGGAUCAAAACUUACAUGUGAUUCAUGGAAGUACGUGCUGAGAAAAAUCAAGAAAUUAAAGCCCACCAAGAUUGAAGUAGAAAUGGCGCAAAUAGUAAAGCCAAAGACCCAGAGAGGGAAAAGGGCUAUUGAGAAAAAAGAACCCAAAAUCUUGGAGGAUAUCAAGUCAGCAAUCAUAAUCAGAGGAGGAAGGACCAGUGAAAUAGUUACAGAUGUGUUGAAAAAUAUUUAUAUAUUGAAAAAACCAAAUGCUGUGAUGUUUCAGAGAAAAAACAUAUUAAGGCCAUUUGAAGAUCAGAAUUCUUUGGAGUUCUUCUCACAGAAGAAUGAUGCAUCUUUGUUUGUUUUUGGUUCACAUUCUAAGAAAAGACCAAAUAACCUCGUUUUUGGUCGAUUUUAUGAUGGACACAUCUUAGACAUGGCAGAGUUUGGUGUAGAAAACUACAUUCCAAUAUCCGGAUUUAAGACUGAAAAGUGCACAUCCGGAACAAAGCCAUGUCUUUUAUUCAGUGGUGAAAUUUUCGACUCAGAUCCUGAAUAUAAAAGAAUAAAAAGCAUAUUCAUAGAUUUUUGGCGUGGCCCACUUGUGGAAUCAAUUCGUUUACAAGGACUGGAACAUGUUUUACAGUUCACAGCCAUUGAUGGGAAAGUCUUAAUGCGCAGUUACCGAGUGGCCUUAAAAAAGUCUGGCUUGAAAACGCCUCGAAUCGAACUGGUAGAAAUGGGGCCCUCAAUUGAUUUCCUUGUCAGAAGAACGAGGCUGGCCUCUAAUGACUUGUACAAAGAAGCUUGCAGGCAACCAAAGGCUGCCAAGAUUCAAAAGACCAAGAACGUUGAUCAUGAUGUCUUUGGGACAAAAACAGGACGCAUUCAUAUGCAGUCGCAGGAUCUCGAUAAGCUACAAACAAGAAAAGUCAAAGCUUUGAAACGAACAACACAAUCCUCUAAAGAUGCCACAAAGAAAGCAAAGCGACAAAAGCAAGCUGAGACUUGAAUUCAUUGCUUCUUCUUCAUUUCUGUUGGUUCACCGGAAACUGCUACUUCUGUUUUAACCCGGACGCCUGAUGUCUGUCAGACAUUAAUACCAAUACCAGGCUGCGAACUUUUAACCAAAAUCUUUUCAUCGUGCUUGCAGAUUUUUAUUUCCUGCUCCCCUUUUGGUAUUUCAAUGUACCUCAAAGCUCCAAACGACUGCCCUGAUCUUUACAGAAGAUCGAACCUUAAAAACUGGCUUAAGUUUUCACUACUCCAACGUAUAAUUCAUGUCUUUAAAUAGAGCUCGUCGUUACAAAUACAUUAUUUUGAGGUUUCUAA